AUGGAUAGAAUACUGAAAACCGUAAUCAACAACAAAAUAGAUUCUAUGAUAGAGAAAGUCAGAGAUAAAUUUUGUCAAGAAUUUGGCGAGUGUGCUAAUACAAGAACGUUAAGUGUGGAAUCGACUGUAGAACAACAGAUUGAAUCUUCAAAAAACUUCGAUAAGCAUCUAAACGAAUUGGAAACUUUGAUAAAGCAGUUAAAAGAUGACAUAGAAGUUUUGUCAAAGAAUGCAGAUAAACAAACUACUAAAGAGAUUAUAACCAAAGAAGAGAAAAAUCGGAAAAAUAGAGAAAGUGUUAACGACGAAAGCUAUAGGACGACUGGGUGUCCCAAAAUAACCCUGAUUGACUAUCCAGAUGAAACUUUAGGAACGCUUAAAGCUGAUACAACAGAUUUAAAUGAAAAUCCCAAUAACGCGAUCGAAGAUGGUAAAAUUAAUCAAGAUAAUAAGAGCGAUGCCAGUGAAAUGCGCAAUAAAAAAUUAGGCUCUUUGGUAAAUGAACAAAAUUUUGAAUUAUACGAUAAAUGGGCUGGAAUUUUUAAACAAGCUACUGAUUAA